AUGGCGAGGAACGCGCUGUUCGACGAGCAACGAAAACACCGGCUAGACUGGAUGCACUGGCUCCACGACAAACCCAAACACGCGAGAUGGGCGCGCGACUGGCAGGAGUCGCACCAGCGGGAGCUCUCGCGCCUCGAGACGGUGAGCUUCGGCAAGGACUGUUUCGUGGCUUCCUCAGUUCACAUCUUCGCCGAGCCCACACGGGACAUAUCCAUCGGCGACGGGUGCCACAUCGGGGCGGAGGUGUUCAUGCACGGACCAAUUUUGCUGGGUGACGGCGUGGCGAUCAACGCGAGGAGUCACCUGGACGGAGGCAGCGCGGGAAUCGUGAUCGGAGCGCAGACCCGCGUAGCUCCCGGGGUGCAGCUCUUCGCAUUCAACCACGGCAUCGACGCGGCUGCGUUCGUCAAGGACCAGCCGGUCGUGUCGGACGGAAUCGUGAUCGGGGAGGACGUGUGGAUCGGCGCGAACGUGUGCGUCACGGACGGGGUGAGGAUCGGGGAUCACGCGGUCGUGGGCAUGGGCGCGGUUGUUACGAGGGAUGUUCCCGAUUGGGCCGUCGCCGCAGGAAACCCGGCGCGCGUCAUCGGGGACAGGCGAACCUGGAAGCCGGGGAGGAGAGACGUAGACGACGCGAUCUCCGCGGGAUAG